GAGAGUCGCCGCGCGCGUCCUUCCACUCUCGAUCGGGAAAUGGGUCACUGGUGUGUGUCUGCUUAAUUUCUCCGUCUCGCUGUUUAUUUCGUCUCUAGUGCUCGUGGUGCGCGCAUCUCGCCUGCCGCACCUGACAGUCUCACCUGACACAACACUCAGGUUUUUGGUGGUGCACCCUUGGAGAGUUCGGCUAAUAUCUCGGAGGCUGCUCUUCUUCCCCAGCAUCCACUCGAUCAAGAGGCUGUCGUGCAAUUCUACUGCUAAUUUCAACAACAUGAGGGCUUUGCUUGCCUUAGCAGCCCUUUCGGCGUGUUUCAUCGCCGCCACGUGCGACCCUGUGCCCGCACCCCCGCCCCACACCGUUGUCAGGCACCAAGGGCCGCAAAGACGAGCGGCUAGCUUCGGCGGCGACACCCUGCAGAGGCUGGUCAGCUGGAUGUUCCCCGGCCAGGAGAAGAAUUCGCGAGCGUACGCGGCCGCCACCCAUCACAGUCCCGCCAUCAUCCGCGCCCCGCCGAAAUACGGGCCGCCGCCACCACCCCCGCGCGCAAAGUUCACGGGGCACCUGAACCCGCCUCAGAAAUGCAACCCUUGUAAUAAAGUCCCGUGGAUUCCGAUUCCGCAUGCACAGUUCCAGGACGGUGGUGCGGUGUUUGCGGUGGUUCGCGCCCCUCAGUUGCAUCAGGGUCUGCACGGUGGUGAGCAGCCGAGCGCUCCGGUUUACCACCACACCCCGCUUCCCCAGGGCUAUUUGCCCGGCUCGCAGAAGCCGGAGGGCUCAGUCGCGGUGGAGGAACACGUAGCCGCCCCCUCAGGCCCCUCGGGUCACUCAGGUCCCUCAGGUGCAGGGUUGCAACCACCCGAAAUCGUGCCCAGCAUCCCUGUGGCCGAUUACAUCUCCUCUAUUGAGUAUCCCAUCAGUGUUGUACAGUCCCCGAUUAUUGACGUGGACGGCAGCAAAGCCGUGCAACACGAGGCCCAGGAGACCAGGCUAGAUUUGCCUGCGGUGGGCGAGGUGGAGCACAAUGAGCAGCCGGCCCCCGCCGCCGCCACCACGGCGGCUGCGAGCAAUAAUCACGAUAACACACCCUUGGCCAUUAACUCUGGAAUUGGUGGAGGUACGAGUUACCAGAACACAAAUUUUGAUCACACAAGGCAAGUGGGCUUCACAAUCACACCAUCCAUACAAACUGCUUCAGGGUCAAAUAAUCCACCCCCUGGCCUCCUGGUUCAUGGACCACCGCCUCCCCAAAUCCUCACGCAGGAACAACCCCCCGCGAACGUUCCCGCGGCACCCUUCCACGUCCCCACGUUCCAACAAGGGCCUUCUGGAGCGAGCGCACCAAGCGCCCCCGGCAUAAUUUUCACCGGGCCUGCCGCACCCUUCCCUUCUGCUGCCGGUCAGCGUCUGCCCCCGAUCGGUUUCACGGGCCCCCAGCAGCCCAACACUUUCCUCCACGCGCCCUCGUUCCAUCCCCCGGCACCUCAGCCUAUUAGACAGUUCACCUCCCCCGGCACUUUGAGGCAGCUCCCUCCUUCCGCCGAGGGCCUGCAGCCCCCACCCCUUCCGGCACAACCCGUCCAGCACCCUUAUAGAUUCGAGUUCUUUUCCCCGUCCGUCACUAACGGUCUUUUGAACGUCAACAUCCAACCCGCGGAGGUUCCCACCACCCAAGCCCCCUGGUCCCCGUCCGCUCCCCCUGCGGAGAGUGGUCCCGCCCUGAUUGAAGCAGGUAAUGAAAACGUGAAAACGAACCCUAAGCCCAAAAAGAUUCAAAUCAUUGUGCCUUAUAUAGCAAAUCCCCAGCCACAAAAUUCGCUUCUGGAAGGCGAAGCUUCAGGUUUGCGAAACCAUUGGCAUCACAGGGAGAUCAACCACCAAUUCCAGGAGUCCAAGUUGGUGGCCUCGGAGGUGCCCUCCGAGGCGCCGGCACAGGUCCAGACCACCACGGAAAAACCAGUCACGCACAUAUUGGCCUCUGACUUGCGAAAACUGCUGCUCAGAGAUCAGGAGAAGCAGCAGCAACAGGCGUUGAACUCGCUGCAAAACAAUAUUGACUCGUGGACCGCUCAGGAGUUCAGCAACCCUGACGCCAACAACAUUGUGGACGACACCAUCAAACAGACCAGCACGACGGCGGUGGCCGCAACCUCAGCCAAGGCCAUCCCCAACGACUACUUCCCCACUUCACCCUCGUACUUCCAGCCGACCCUGCGUCCUUCCUACUACGAACCCGAGGCGUCGGGCAGCAUUUCUCACAACGUGCACGCCAAGGUGUUCAGCAAAGGAGCCAUCAUCAAAGCCGCGAGAACCAGACCGACGACCGAAGCGAGCACAACGACGACCACAGAAGAAGCGACAACAACCGACUUUACGACCGAUUACCCGACAACCACACCGGAACCGAAAAGAACCACAACGUGGGACCGCUUGACUGUUGGUUUCUCCAAAAGCUCCAACGAGAAGGUGUAUGUGGUCACGCCAAUGAGCACCCACGAAUGGACUGCAGGAACGACGACCACCCCGAAAAUUCCCACGGCUUCCACAGAGAAACCGACAAAGGGAUAUUUUGUGAAGAGUAAAACUGCCACUAAAUACUAUGAGACCACGCCGCCCACUGAAGAUCCUGCCUUCAAUGCGAGUGCUUUCCGAUCACCAAGAUUCACUGUGAGGCCGACAAUUGCUUCUGUAGCAAAAAUCGUUGACGUCAGAACCGCCUCGCCCAUCUCCAGAGGAAAUCGAUACUAUACUGUUACCACUCCUGACUCAUUCGACACCACGACUGCCAACCCAGUAACCGUUGAGAGGCGCUCUAGCAACGUUCCUUUUGAUUUGACUACGGUCCCCACUUACACUCCUCCUUCUGGACAAAGCGUGCAAACUUCUGCUGGACAUUCAAAGGUUGUCACAGUUGUUUCCUCCGAGUCUUCGAGUAGCUCUGUGAAAAAAGCUACGCGUUUGUCCAUCAAGCCUGUGAAGGUGGAAAAGGAGAAAUCCUCCCCUCUGAAGCAGGAGUCCAAAGAAGACGAAGAAGAGGUAGUGGCCGCUGUCAGGGAGGUGUCAGCCAUCGAGCUGAGACGCAAAGCGGCAGCAAUAGCAGCCGCGUGAGGAAAAUCAAGGAACUUGCGAUUCUGAGGCGACUCACUUUGAAGAAAGAAGCAGAAUGACGAGUAAUCCAUUAGACCCUAUUUAUUUGAAAAAUUGUUGCGUCCGCUCUCCUAAUUCAAAGGUCGCUUUCUGCCAUAAUGAGGUGUGUUUGGAACGAGAACUGUACGCUGUACGUGUCUUUGAUGGUUUGAAUUGGAGACUUGGUUAGUGCUUAGUUACGUCUACAUAUAUAUGUAUUUUAUUAUUCCACAUACACACAAACACACACACCGCUCAAAAGCUCAAUUGUUAAUAUAAUUUUUCACGUUUGCAAUAUUACUCCCCAUGUCCGCGCAGUUUACAAUCAAAUUAGUGUCACAUUUCGUUCGCGAAAUUCCUGUUUCGAAUUUAGGCCGCAUUGAAAUAUUUUGUGUAUCUUUAAAUUAUUCUUGUAUUGAAAGAUUGUGCCACUAACUUAUAUAGACUGAAAUGUAUAUGUAUUAUGCGUAUUAAUUUUAUAUGUUGUAAUUAAAACGUGUUUGGGUAAAGGCAUUCUCUAAUGCACACAUUUUCACGACACAUUACAUGAAAUAAAUCUACAGAACAAUA